AGCAUCAGACGAUAAUUGCUCAACAAACAAACUACAAACCCCAUACUAUUCUAAUAUGCACACACAUUAGUACCCCAUGCGCAACAUAAAUACCCCAAAAGUAGUAACCCAAAUGGCAAGCUUAUCUUUAUUUUUAAUUUUUCUCCCACAUAUCAACUUUUUGACUCCUAUAAAUAGACCCAAACUACAGCACAAGUUUUCAUUCUUACCUUCUAUCAUUCCCACACUCCUAUUCCACGUUGUUUGGUUAUUCAUAUAUACUAAUUUCUAGCCUUAUUGUAACCACACUUCACAUUUUAUAGUUCAACAAAAAAAAAUAACAAUAUAUUUCACCCUCUUUCAUUCAUUGAUCUUCAAUUGUAUAAUUUUGAGAAAUUUGACAUUAGAUUUGGUUGUAAACUCGAUCGAUCGGCCAUGUCUCAUAAAGGAGAGGAUGUCAUGGUUUCUAAUAUGAAGCUUGAGAAGAUGUUGUGCAUGAAAGGUGGCAAGGAUCAAACCAGCUAUGCAAAUAAUUCUCAAGCCCAGGCACAACAUGCAAAAUCAAUGUUGCACCUCCUAAGAGAGGCCCUAGACAGGGUGCAACUAGGACCACCAAGCACGCCCUUUGUGGUGGUUGACCUAGGAUGUUCCUGUGGUUCCAACACCAUCUACAUCGUCGACGUGAUGGUUAACCACAUGGCGAAGCGGUACGAGGCCUCGGGUUACGAGCCACCCGAGUUCUCGGCCUUCUUUUCUGACCUCCCAUCCAAUGACUUUAACACCCUCUUUCAACUGCUUCCUAACUACUACCCCUAUGAUGGGGUGGGAGGUGGUAGCAUGGAGGAGUGCUUGGCGGCUGAUAAGCAUCGAUCCUACUUCGCUGCCGGGGUUCCCGGAAGCUUCUACCGUCGCCUUUUCCCGGCGAGGUCCAUUGAUGUUUUUCACUCCGCAUUUUCCUUGCACUGGCUAUCUCAGAUUCCAGAGAGUAUAUUAGACAAGAGGUCAAAGGCAUACAACAAAGGAAGAAUAUUUAUUCAUGGAUCAAAUGAGAUGAUAGCAAAUGCUUAUAAAAAGCAAUUCCAAACAGAUUUGGCUGGAUUCUUAAGGGCAAGAGCAGUUGAAAUGAAGAAAGGUGGGUCCAUGUUCCUUGUUUGCUUAGGAAGGACCUCAAUGGACCCCACUGAUCAAGGUGGGGCUGGCCUUCUCUUUGGGACCCACUUUCAAGAUGCAUGGAAUGAACUUGUCCAAGAGGGUCUCAUAACUAGUGAAAAACGUGACAGCUUCAAUAUUCCAGUCUAUGCACCAAGUUUACAAGACUUCAGGGAAGUAGUAGAAGCCAAUGGCUCAUUUGCCAUAAACAAGCUAGAAGUGUUUAGGGGUGGAAGUCCCUUGGUAGUGAGUCACCCCGAUGACCCGACCGAGGUAGGUCAAGCCUUUGCCAACAGCUGCCGGAGUGUUUGUGGGGUCCUUGUCGACGCUCACAUAGGUGACAAGCUAGGCGAUGAGCUCUUUCUAAGGGUGGAAAACCGAGCUACAAAUCAUGCAAAUGAGCUACUAGAACAACUUCAGUUUUUCCACAUUGUUGCCUCCCUUUCUUUUUGCUCAAACCAAAAAUCAAUGACUACUUUGACGAAUAUCUAAUUAGUUCAAAAAAGGCAGUAGAAAGUGAGGUUUUAGGUGGGUCUUUGCUGACUGAUGAUCAAAGUCAAAAACUGUAGGUUUUAGUUAAGUUGAUCUAAUCUUGUGUAUUCUUUGUUUGUUUACUUUUUUUUUUUUUUUUUUUUUUUCCUUUUGCCUUUAUUGUUAGCCUUUUCAAUCUACGUAGAGUAUUUUUUUAAGAUUAUUAACCAAGUAAGAAAAAAAAAAUUACAUAUGUUCAUGUCAACUUUAUGUGCAAAAUCUACUUCGUAUUAUGCAUUUCAGUGGACUUACAAGAUUGUUAUCCUAGUCAUUUGGAGCUAAAUUAACCUUAUAUGAGCAGCAAAAUAGCCUUAAGUAGCUAGAUAUAGCUAAGUGCACUCGGGUGCAUAUGUGUCUAACGCAGGGUUAAGUUAGUAAA